ACUUCACGCGCCCUCUUGUUGCGGCAACAAUGUCUGGUGAAUGCUCGUAGCGGGCAACACGUCUUCCAGCCUGCAGCCGCGACUGUGCUACUACUGUACUUGAACUACUUCAAUGCGUCUUCAUUUUACUCAUAUGGGAGGACAAAUGCAUCACUUGGAGUCGAAAGCAGCAUGUCUAGAUUCUUUCGUUCAGCUACUUCCAGUGGGAGCAGCUCCAGCGAAGACAGCGACGAUGACACAGAAGAACUUGCGAGCCAGUCGCUAGAAAUCUCCCGCAGCAACAGUCAAGAUGUUGGCAACGUAUCCUUGGACACGUUGGCCAUUGAUCGACCACGCAAUGCACUAGCCGCGCAAAGCCAGGAUAUGCUGAUGCAUACACUUCUUGAACGAGAUGCCAGACACCAUGUCUACGAGCAGAGGCGACAAGCAGGCAAGUCUUUAAAUGACAAGGACGCCAUCACGAGAGAAAUCCAAGAUCAUUAUCGUCGCAUGGUAGCGAACCUAGCGCCUUUCAACCUGGUCUCUCAUGGACUGGAAGACGACCGACAUGCUCCAUUGAGACGCCAAAUUGGUGAUGGCCUAGACCGCAUGGCGAGCUCAGCGCCAACAUCGUCACAAGCAGCGGUUCCACUGCCUAUUCAGCGGCUUCUGAAAGACGUCACACACAACAGUCUUGUGAAUGAGCCCGGCAGCCCAGCGGCACUCCUUGGGAACAUGUCUCUUGGUAUGCCUGCACCAAUGCAAAGUCGGUACAUUCAGGAUUUUGAAGAGCUCGACGUCCUUGGGAAGGGCGGCUUUGGCGAGGUCUAUCGGGUUCGGCACAAGCUUGACAAUUGCAUCUAUGCUGUCAAGAAGAUUCCGAUACGAGCCUCAUCGAUGGCACGUAUUACAGCAGGUGGUCAGACAGCCGUUGACGAAUUGCUGGCCGAGGUUCGAUCCUUGUCAAAACUGCAACAUCCGAACGUGGUGCGCUAUCACAGUAGUUGGAUCGAAUGGUCGGCUAAGACUGAACUUGCUACCAACUCCAGCGACAAUGAUUUGCAGGAUAGCCGCGAUAUCGUGGCAGGCUCCGACAGCAACACAUGGUCUGACUCCAUACGACGUGUGAGAACUCAAAGCGAUACUGUCGAAGAUAUUGGGUUCACCUUCGAAACAAGUAGAUCACACUCAUCAGUCAUCGCGACCAGAUCUGAAGUGGGCUCGGAAGGCCACGAUGCCAACAUUGAGUUCACACACUCGUCGACCGACUUCACAAAUGGGGCAAUGAUGUCCAUGAGCCCAUCCCUGGCGCUCUACAUGCAGAUGAGCGUCCAUCCCAUGACCUUGGCGGACUUCCUCUCGCCUCCACAAGGCGAAAAUGGCAUGAUCAAGCCAUUGGCUCAUUGUUUCCAUCUGGAGCCAUCGAUUCGCAUUCUGCUUGCUCUACUCGAUGGAGUAGAGUAUCUGCAUGCUGAAGGCGUAGUGCACCGAGACCUGAAGCCAGCAAACAUAUUCUUGAGGCACGAGGAGAACCACAGAGCUAUGCAGGGCUGUGUUGAUCUGUUUCUAUGCUCUGACUGUCGCCAAGGCGGCAACCCGAAUCCGGCCACUUUAUCAAUCUGCAUCGGCGACUUUGGCCUAGUCACCCAGAUUGCCGAGCCCGAAGCACUUCCAGAGUCUUCCCCAGCGGCUGUGGGAACAGCAAUCUACAGGCCUGUAACUACAAUUUCUCCCGCCAGUCCACGUCUCGACAUUUUUGCCCUUGGCAUCAUCGCUUGUGAAUUGCUCUGCAAAUUUGGCACGCAAAUGGAACGUCGACAGACGCUCCAGUCAUUGCGUCAGGGUGAAUUUCCCCCGAAAUUUGCUAGUUGUGCUGGUCACCAGUCUGCUAAGGUUAAAGAAUGCGUGACGGCCAUGCUGACUGAUGAUGCGGAGGAGAUGCCGAGCAUAUCUGAUCUGAAGGGACGUUUGAUGGACGUGCUCACGCGGACGCAGAGAGUGGAGGUGAGUGACCUGAGGAGGUCCAGCAGCACUUGAUGCCGCAUGCUUGUAUGGAGCCGCGAAUGACGAGGCUUGUCACGAUCUGGCUAGUGUUGGAGGACUGGAAUUCACUUGCUUCCAACGCCAAGAAGAGACUGGUUCGUCGGUACAUCCAUCCAUGCUAUAACAGCUUCGCAACAUGUAUCGUACCUC